AUGUACGGCGGAGAUGAAGUGUCAGCGAUAGUGGUUGACUUGGGUUCGCACACUUGCAAGGCUGGUUACGCCGGCGAAGAUGCUCCCAAAGCCGUUUUCCCUUCCGUUGUUGGGGCGGUAGAGGGUAUAGAGGCAAUGGAUGUGGAUGCUGAUUCCGCGAAGUCAAAUUCUGAGGAUUCAAAGGCCAACGAGUCUGAAAAAGAAAAGGGAAAACGCAAGCUCUAUGUAGGAUCUCAAGCCUUGAAUUACCGCCGAGACCAUAUGGAGGUGUUGUCACCCAUGAAAGAUGGCAUUGUUUCUGAUUGGGAUUUGGUGGACAAUAUAUGGGAUCAUGCUUUCAGGAAUUGUCUGAUGAUUGAUCCUAAGGAGCACCCCAUGCUGCUAGCUGAGCCUCCUUUGAACACUCAACAGCAGAGAGAGAAGGCAGCAGAGCUAAUGUUUGAAAAAUACAAAGUUCCAGCAUUGUUUAUGGCCAAAAAUCCUGUUCUCACUUCUUUUGCUACUGGGCGUGCCACUUCUUUGGUUGUUGACUGUGGUGGAGGAUCCACGACUAUUUCACCGGUGCAUGAUGGUUAUGUUCUUCAAAAGGCUGUUGUAUCAUCUCCACUUGGAGGGGAAUUUCUCACUGACUGCUUACUGAAAAGCUUGGAGAGCAAAUCUAUUAAAAUAAGACCUAGAUACUCUUUCAAGAGAAAGGAAGUACGAGCAGGGGAAUUCCAGGUUGAAGAUGUAGCUCUUCCUGACACCACGGAAAGCUACAAGCUCUUCUGCCAGAGGAUGAUAGUGGGUGAUAUCAAGGAUUCUAUCUGCCGGGUUCCUGAUACUCCCUAUGACGACAAAUCAUAUUCUAACAUACCAACUACGUCUUACGAGCUUCCUGAUGGCCAGACGCUCGAGAUUGGAUCUGAUAGGUUCAAAGUUCCUGAUGUGAUGUUCAACCCGUCCAUAGUGCAGACAAUUCCUGGAAUGGAGAAGUACGCAGACAUGAUUCCUUCCGUUCGUGGAUUACCACACAUGGUCAUGGAGAGCGUCAACAAAUGUGAUGUAGAUAUCCGGAGAGAGUUGUACAGUAGCAUACUGCUUGCUGGUGGCACCUCAUCAAUGCAACAGUUGAAAGAACGUCUCGAAAAGGACUUGAUCGAAGAGUCUCCUCACUCGGCUAGAGUUAAAGUGUUGGCGAGCGGAAACACAACAGAAAGAAGAUUCAGUGUAUGGAUAGGUGGGAGUAUAUUGGCAUCACUAGGUUCAUUUCAGCAGAUGUGGUUCUCCAAAUCUGAGUACGAGGAACAUGGCGCUUCUUACAUUCAGAGAAAGUGUCCUUAA